GCAAAGGUGGAAAGCUGACUUUCCCAACGCCCUUCACCGUUGCAUAUAUGGGGCUCCCGCCCCUUGCCUUGUCCUGCGCCGAUACUCGCUAGAGGAGGACCGGAGGAGCCGGCCGAGUACAGGCAAUGUGGCCGUGAAAAUCGCAUCGCCCAGGGGCGCUGGAGGAGCGCGAGAACAAGGCGAGCGCCACCGCUGUUCACCUAGUAUUCUUCGGCGAUUAGCACCCACCACCAGUGGAGGUGGGAGGGGAAUUUUUCACAAUCCCUCAAACUGCAUCUACGAGCAAAUGAAGGAAUGCUCUCUAUCCAAAAUAGAGUCAACCAAUCAGAGUAGCACUAAAUCAUAGCAAGGAAAGCAAUGUCAGCAAAUCCUGACCUUUAUGUGUAUGGGCAAACGACGAACCACUCAUCCUUUGUCGUCGUCUGCUUGCUCUGGAUCCUAACAUGGCAAAAGGGACACUCCCUUCCGCUGUUGGCCGACGCACUUGAGCCUGUCGAGAUCUUCAUCGGGCUUCCACUCCACAUCCCGCCAUGGCUGCAACGACGAGUAGAGUCUAGACAACAAGCUUUGCAGUGUUGUCGUCGCAGAUCCGCAAUCCUCUGUGGCAGUCAUCUCCAGCGACAACGGCGACUAAAGCCUAUGAUUAGGGUUCUUAGGCGAGGAGAGGAUAUGGAGACAUAGAAGAGCUUAUGGAAGGGAAACAUAAUGGACGGGAGAGACGAGGCGACGAGGGUUUACCACGGGAAUGCUCGUCCAUAUAAAAUGAUCGUUGCCAUCAUAUACCUAACAGUGGGCCCAACCAGGUGGGAUUAGUAGAAAAUGGCAAGGAGUGGCGAGUUAUGAUUUUUUUUUGGAACAUGGUGCCCGGAUUGUAAUAGUAUGCUUCGGGAUUAUGAAUUAUAAUAGUGGGUAUCCAAAAUUAGAGAAUUGUAAGGGUAUAUAUAAAAAAAACCUUUGAAGCCCUCUAUUUCUCAUACCCACCGGCCAUUUCCAUAAAUCCCAACGCCACCUGAGGCAACAGCCGCCGCCGUUUCUUAUCUUCCUCGCUGCGCCGGCGCUCUGCUCCCUCCCCAACUAGCGCCCGGCACGAAUGCGACGGAGGCGGCGCUCGGGAUCGGGCUCUCAGGGCUUUCCCAGGCUCGGCGGCGGCGUCAGCGGCUCCCCCUCUCACCGGUCGCCUCGCGCCCUCGCCACCGUCCUCCGCUCACCGGCCGGCGACACUGCGUCAUCUCUCUGUCUGCUUGUUUGAUGAUCCAUCUCAUGGAAGACCAUUCAUCGUGGGACUACCUACCAGUUGAUCACAUUAGAAUUCCUGCAUUCAACUCUGGAGUUGUUUCUGAAGCUAGCAAUGGAGGCAACGACUUCUCAGUAUCAUUGGAUGCCGUCGUUCCUGAUGAUAUCCUGGAGAGGAUUUUCACAUUCUUGCCUAUAGCAAGCAUGAUGAGGGCAACAGCAGUGUGCAAGAGAUGGCAUGGCAUUAUCUAUUCAAGCAGAGUUGUGUGGACCCACAUGCUGCCUCAACGGCCAUGGUACUUCAUGUUCACCUCUAAUGAAACUGCUGCUGGUUAUGCUUUUGACCCCAUCCUCCGCAAGUGGUAUGAUUUAGAGCUUCCUUAUAUUGACAAGAGCAGCUGUUUUGUCUCUUCUUCUUGUGGCCUAGUUUGCUUCAUGGACAAUGACAACAGGAACACCAUUUCUGUGUCUAACCCUAUAACAAAAAGCUGCAGGAGGCUUUUAGAGCCUCCGGGUGAAACAUUGCCAGACUACAGUACCAUUGCCAUGAAGGUGGAUCGGCUGUCUCAUAAGUACUCCGUUACAUUGGCAAAAUCUAAGCAGAUUCCUGAAGAUUUUGUCCGAUGGGACUUUUCAGUAUACAAGUACGACUCUUCGAGUGGUACAUGGGCAACUUCUGUGAGUGAAGUGUUCAUUGGUUGGAGAGGAGGUGAUGAUAGUGUCAUAUGUGACGGUGUCCUGUACUGCUUGAUUCAUUCCACUGGUGUUCUUGGCAAUGUCAACCCCCGUCAUGGCCUUAUCAUGUAUGACCUUGCUGGUGAACCAUCUGAGACUUCGUUAAUGCAAACGUCAAUCUCAGUACCUUGUUCUCUCACAUGUGGCCGUUUGGUAAACUUAAAGGAGAAGCUGGUUUUGGUUGGUGGAAUUGCAAAACACAACAGACCUGAUAUCAUUAAAGGAAUAGGAAUAUGGGAGCUCCAUGAGAAACAGUGGCAUGAGGUAGCUCGGAUGCCCCACAAGUUCUUCCAAGGAUUUGGUGAACUCGAUGAUGUUUUCGCCUGCAGCGGUAUAGAUGACCUUGUCUACAUACAAAGCUAUGGUGCAACUGCUUUGCUUGUUUUUGACAUGAUGCAAAAGCAAUGGAAGUGGUCCUUGAAAUGCCCUGUGAGCAAAAGAUUUCCUCUCCAGCUUUUCACUGGCUUUUGCUUUGAACCCCGGCUUGAUAUCGCAGCUUAGUAUGUACCAAUUUAUCUUUUUGCCUUUUAUUAGUGGAAUCAAACCAGCUACCAUGUUAAUUGUUAUUCAGGAAAUUCCAUGCAAGUUUUGUCGCAUUCUUUCAACCAUUUUCCUGUUAUCCUUUUCUGAGUUGUAACCACUGAUGGCCCCUCAUUGGCCCUGCAUGAUGCAAUUAUUUGUUUGUUCUGACAUCAGAUUAUAAAUGCAUAGAAUGCUUCACAUGUGCUCA